AGUGACAGGCACUUCCAAGGGCAAACCCCACCCCCAUCCCCACACGUGCUGGGGAACCGAGAGGUCCUGCCCCCAAAAGGCUGAUGUUGUUGGAGAAAAUAUAACCUGGAGAAACACAUGGGAAGAAAGUUGGGAGACAGCACUGCAGGGAGAGUUCUCCGGCUGGCUCCCCAUUGUACAUUGUGGUGUCUCAAGGAGGGCGACACACAUAAUUCAUGAGAUACAGCAUCUUCUGGCCCAGCGUGGGGCUGGCUAAGCCCAUCAUCCAGAUGUGAUGAACUGGGGUCUGGGAAACCCACACCGGCCUCAUCUGGCUUUUCCAGCCUGUCCUCCCUUCCACACAUCAGGCCCACAGCGCCCAACACAGCCGAGGCCUCAGCCCUCAGUCUCCCCGCUGCGGAGUGCCCCAGCCUGAGUUCCAGCAGGUUCUUCAGGGGCUGGGGACCAGGGAGCACUGUGGUGAGGAGCAAGGACUUCGUCCCCACCCCGGCCCAGACAGGGGCUUCGUGCCCAGGCAAGGCCAGCAGCACAGCGGUGCAGCAGGAGCCGCCCCCCACCCCGGCCCCACCUGCCCGCCCCGCCUGCCCUUCCUCACCCCGGGUGCCUGCGGGAUUGUUGGAGAGAACGUGGUGAUGGAGCCGGGCAGGACCCAGAUAAAGCUUGACCCCAGGUACACAGCAGAUCUUCUGGAGUUGCUAAAGACCAAUUACGGCAUCCCCUCCGCCUGCUUCUCUCAGCCUCCCACAGCAGCCCAACUCCUGAGAGCCCUGGGCCCUGUGGAACUUGCCCUCACCAGCAUCCUGACCUUGCUGGCGCUGGGCUCCAUUGCCAUCUUCCUGGAGGAUGCCGUCUACCUGUACAAGAACACCCUUUGCCCCAUCAAGAGGCGGACUCUGCUCUGGAAUAGCUCGGCACCCACGGUGGUGUCUGUGCUGUGCUGCUUUGGUCUCUGGAUCCCUCGUUCCCUGGUGCUGGUGGAAAUGACCAUCACCUCGUUUUAUGCCGUGUGCUUUUACCUGCUGAUGCUGGUCAUGGUAGAAGGCUUUGGGGGGAAGGAAGCAGUGCUGAGGACACUGAGGGACACCCCGAUGAUGGUCCACACAGGCCCCUGCUGCUGCUGCUGCCCCUGCUGUCCGCAGCUGCUGCUCACCAGGAAGAAGCUUCAGCUGCUGAUGUUGGGCCCUUUCCAAUACGCCUUCUUGAAGAUAACGCUGACCCUGGUGGGCCUGUUUCUCAUCCCCGACGGCAUCUAUGACCCAGCAGACAUUUCUGAGGGGAGCACAGCUCUAUGGAUCAACACUUUCCUCGGCGUGUCCACACUGUUGGCUCUCUGGACCCUGGGCAUCGUUUCCCGUCAAGCCAGGCGACACCUGAGUGAGCAGAGCAUGGGAGCCAAAUUUGCUCUGUUCCAGGUUCUCCUCAUCCUGACUGCCCUACAGCCCUCCAUCUUCUCAGUCUUGGCCAACGGCGGGCAGAUUGCUUGUUCGCCUCCCUAUUCCUCUAAAACCAGGUCUCAAGUGAUGAAUUGCCACCUCCUCAUACUGGAGACUUUUCUAAUGACUGUGCUGACACGAAUGUACUACCGAAGGAAAGACCACAAGGUUGGCUAUGAAACUUUCUCUUCUCCAGACAUGGACUGGAACCUCAAAACCUAAGGUGGAUGGCUGGGACAAUGAAAGGAUGCUGUACUCAUUAGAAUACAGGAUUCCUUUACUGUCCCUCAACGUUGACCAAAUGGGAAGCAUUCCCCCUUGUCAACACAAGCUGGCAGAUACAUUUGACUUUACAGAUGAAGGUGAACAAUGUUAGGAUAAAAUUGCUUUGGAUCUUGCCUGGAAGGUGUUUUAAGUUUUGUAAUAAACAAGAUGACGUCUGAAAAUGUGUAACUGGGCACCUUGCCUCUGUCCAUGUCACUAUUAACCCUUCAAGGUUGUAUAUUGCUGGCUGGGUGUGGCAGCUCAUGCCUGCUAUCCCAGCACCUUGGGAGCCUGAGGCGGGAGGAUCACUUGAGCCCAGGAGGUUGAGGCUGCAGUGAGCGAUGGUUGUGCCAUACACUCCAGCCUGGGUGAUACAGCCAGACCCUGUCUCUGGAAAAAAAAUAAAAGAAAGCUUACUGAGCUUUCCUAAAGCAGAUGAAAAGAAGAGUAUAUAGUAUUGUGUCUGGCAUAAGAAAAGGAGAACUUGGUGAAGUGAAAUAGCACCAGCCCAGAGUCUUGAAGAAGCCAGGGGCCCUGGAGAACAGAUGGAAGGUAAUCUUUCCCUGACAGGUGUGCUACUAGGGCACCAACCACACGGGGCCCUGGAGAACAGAUGGAAGGUGAUCUUUCCCUGACAGGUGUGCUACUAGGACACCAACCACACGGGGCCCUGAAGAACAGACGGAAGGUGAUCUUUCCCUGACAGAUGUGCUACUAGGACACCAACCACAGGGGGCCCUGGAGAACAGACGGAAGGUGAUCUUUCCCUGACAGAUGUGCUACUAGGACACCAACCACACGGGGCCCUGGAGAACAGAUGGAAGGUGAUCUUUCCCUGACAGGUGUGCUACUACGGCACCAACCACAUGGGGCCCUGGGGGUCUGGGUCAGCCUCACUUUGUGGGACAAUGGCUUUUGCGUCUUCAGUGACAAGCUACAAAAGGAAUCUCCUAACGCUGUGGUCAUGGAGCUUGAUUUCUAAGGAAAGAAUCAGCAUGUGGAAGCAAAGGCACCGAGAGUCCAAGUAAAAGUCCCAAAUCCAUAAAAUGCACCACACAGGUCAAAACA